AUGAAAUACACUUAACAUCAAAGUGCAAACUGUUUUUUACCGUAUUUAUCAAUUUUCGAUUAAUUAUUUCACAGUAAUAUCAUUCCAUUAGUUGUAUAAUGUUAUUAUUCAAGACUAUUUUUUUCUAACAAUUCGAAAAUGUGAAUUUAAAGUUUUUCUUCGUGACGUAUGAGAAUGAAAGAAACAUGAUAGAAAUUUUGCAAAUGUUUUUAUUUUUAUUUAAAUCCAAAUAUCGACGAAAAUAUUACGCCAGAAGGGCUAUACUAUGUUGUUUGGUGAUUGUUGGUGUUUUGUCUUUAGUUUCUAAUGUAUAUGCGAAGUGUAGCAAUCCUAGCUGUAGUGGCAAUGGUAUUUGCACAAACAACACUUGUGUCUGCAGCGAUGGGUGGCAGGGACCCGAGUGCCAGUUUUGCGGAGGAAAAGUCAGACUUAGUGGACCGACAGGUACAAUACACGACGGUUUAGGCAAUUACUCCCUCACCAGUAAAUGUAGCUGGCUGAUAGAUGCCCCCAACUCGACCAUCACUCUUCACAUUGAAGAAUUCGCCACCGAAUGCGGCUGGGACCACCUCUACGUGUACGAUGGCGACAGCGUGAAUUCACCACUGCUAGCAGUAUUUAGCGGGCUCAUGUACAAAGAGUCCUAUAGUAUUAGAAGGAUACCGGAGGUGGUAGCAGAAUCGGGGGCUGCGUUGAUACACUUCUUUAGCGACGAUGCCUACAACAUGUCUGGGUUUAAUGUCACGUACAGGCUGAAUUCUUGUCCGUCUACAGUGUCUGGAUACAACUGUUCGGACCAUGGUAUCUGCAUAGACGGAGAAUGCACUUGUGACGGCCAUUGGGACGGGGCCGCUUGUCAUCUCGAAAAAUGCCCCAACAAUUGUGGAGCUUCCGAAGAUAGGGGCAUAUGCGAACCGGAAAAGGGAUGUGCCUGCAUCGGCAACUACAAGGGAGACGAUUGCAGCCAGCUGGCCAGCGAAGGCUAUUGGGAAACCGUCACAGUCCAGACAUUCACUCCCAAUGGGUCUGCUUCUCACGGUGCUGCCGUUUGGAGGGAUUCUAUGUAUAUAAUUGCUGGAGAAAGCUACAACAGAGGAAGUUUGCUGUCUGUGUACGACUUUAAUGGUAACGUUUGGGAAACCUUACAUAUAGCAGAGAGCCCGUCCCUUAGGUAUGGCCACUCAACCGUCCUUUACGGAGACAAAAUUUUUCUUUACGGCGGUGUAGAGGGCAACAGAGGUCCCACAUCCGAACUAUGGGCUUUCGAUAUUAGUGCCAAAACCUGGGAGAAUAUAACAGUUAAGGCUGAUUCGUGUAAUGACAGUUAUAUAAUGUGCGGUCCUCUUAAAUCCGCUGGUCAUACGGCCACUGUAGUGAUAAACAACUAUAACAAAAAAGUAGAUAGAAUGAUAGUGAUAUUCGGUCAUUCUCCACGUUUAGGGUACCUCAAUACUGUCCAAGAGUACUACUUCGGUACUAGAGAAUGGCAUAUAGUGAACACUCAGGGCUACCCAGUGAAAGGAGGUUAUGGACACACAGCUAGUUGGGAUCCUUUGACGGCAAAGAUCUACGUAUAUGGCGGUGUUGUCUCAGAAAGCGAGUCUUCUCAAUAUUUAAGCAAGAGUCUCUAUUCCUACGAGCCCAACCAGAGGAUAUGGACUCUUCUUGCAGACGCUCCAUCUGCGAGAUUUCUCCAUACAGCCACGUUUGUUUCUGAUAGUUUAAUGUUAGUUUUUGCUGGAAAUACUCAUAACGAUACAUCACACAGCUUCGGUGCCAAAUGUUACAGUAGCGAAUUGCUAGCUUAUGACGUGUUGUGCGACACUUGGCACACCAUGAAAGUACCAAAUGAUUUACGUACCGAUUUAGCAAGAUUCGGACACUCCGCGGUAGUCUUCGAAGGAUCUUUGUACAUUUAUGGAGGAUUUGAUGGUCGAAUGUUAUCAGAUAUGUUGAGGUACACUCCUGGGGAUUGCAGAUACAUCAACGAAACCUCGUGUCUAAAGAGCAAAUCCGGGUUAAAGUGCGUUUGGGAUUCAAAAUCCGGUUCUUGCGCUCCGGUUCGACAGGUUCCCAAAGAUUUGGUGCUCAAAAAAGAAGAGAGCCACAUAAUCAAAUGCCCGAAACUCAACAGAUCUGCUGGUACUUCGAUAACGAUCAGGAAAGAAAGAAAAUGCGAGGAGAUGAACGACUGUUUGAGUUGCGUCCAUACUACCAGUGAUUGCGUGUGGUGUGGUUCUGCGUGCAUCCCGUCAAGUAAGAAGUGCACCAAGGGAAGUACCAACGGGAGUACGAACUCUUCAGAGUUACAACCGAUUGUCAAAUCAGCCAUGUGCCCUUCACCUGAUCCAGCUCCGAUUUGCAAGCAGCUACACACUUGCAAAGCUUGCACGUAUCAGCCUUCGUGCAUCUGGCGUUUUGAACAUGCAAAAUGCGUUCCGCAUGCUUACUCCAACAGCACUAGUUCCGCCGAAGCCACUGAGCAGAACCAAUGCCAAAACGUCUGUUCAGAAUACAACGCUUGCUAUAACUGUACCCAAGAAGAGUGUAUUUGGUGUCAGAACGAAGGAAGAUGUGUGGAUAAGAACGCUUACACGUCAAGUUUCCCGUACGGACAAUGCCGGGAAUGGACGACCGUCCACACGAAGUGUAGAUCGAGAGGAAGUGACGAGAACUCGCAAUGCGAGUUUUAUAAGACUUGUUCGAAAUGUCAAGACGACCCGGCUUGUGGUUGGUGCGACGACGGAUCCAGGACGGGACUCGGGACGUGUAUGCCUGGGGGAUAUACCGGUCCAACUCUGCACACUCAAUCUCUACCAUCUUCCACCUGCCCUCCGGAGCGCUGGCACUUCACCCACUGUCCGCAAUGCCAGUGCAACGGCCACGCCAGCUGCAAAGAGAACACCAGUAGCUGCCUCAACUGCAGCAAUCUAACCACCGGCAAGCAUUGCGAGUACUGCAUCAAAGGCUACUGGGGCAACCCGGUGAACGGGGGAAAAUGCUCGCCUUGCCAGUGCAACAAGCAAGCCGACGAUUGCCACAGAGAGACGGGGAAGUGCUACUGUACGACCAAAGGGAUCAUCGGGGAUCAGUGCGAGAAGUGCGACAUCGGGAACCAUUAUCAUCCGGACCCGAACAACAAAUCUUGCUACUAUGACUUAACCAUCGACUACCAAUUCACUUUCAACCUAUCCAAGAAAGAAGACAGACACUACACGGAAAUAAACUUCAGGAAUUCUCCGGCCAAACCAGACAUAGACGCCGAUUUUCUAAUAACCUGUUCGGUGAUGGCCAAAAUGAACAUAACAGUGAGAACAGAGAACUCGGAAGAAAAAGCCAUCUUCGAGAACCACAAUUGCACGACGUUUAGGUCGAAGUUUUCGAAGUCCCUGUACAAAUUCGGAGUGGAAAACGGCGCCAACGUCACGACGUUUUAUGUCUAUGUUUACGACUUCCAGACGCCGCUAUGGAUACAGAUUUCGUUUAGUCAGUACCCGAAGUUGAACUUGCAACAAUUCUUCAUCACAUUUUCUUCAUGUUUCCUUCUGCUGCUUUUGGUGGCGGCCAUCCUAUGGAAGAUAAAGCAACGGUACGACAUGUACCGCCGUCGACAGCGGCUCUUCGUCGAGAUGGAGCAGAUGGCGUCGCGUCCCUUCUCCCAAGUUCUCGUAGAGCUAGAAUUGAAAGAGACCGUAGACUUUAAGAACAAUGGCGUAGUGGGCGACGCCAAACGCAAGAAGAGGGACGCACCCAGUCCGAUUGCUCUGGAACCGUGCUACGGAAAUAGAGCCGCGGUGCUUAGCCUGUUGGUGAGGUUACCCACUGGGGGAGAACCUCACACCGUCAAGGGCCAGUCGGCAGGUCUAGCCAUCGCUAGCGCGCUCGUCACUCUAGGAAACCCGCGUAAAAUCAGUAUAGACCAAAUCAAGACGGAUACGAAAGGGGGCAAGAUCAGGAAGUCCCAGAGCCAGCAUCCGGACAGCUGUCUUUGAAUUAUCGGGAAGUUGGUAUUUUGUAGGAUAACGUUAUAUCUUUUUGUGACUGUUCUUUUAUUUGGGAAAGAUACAAAAUUGUUACAGGGUACGAAACGGUGUUUGUGAAAAUUUUGGAAGCUGUCGUUAAAGGGAGAUAGCAAUAUGAAAGUAUAGAACAGUCUUUCAGUAUAUUUGUCCGGGACUGCAGGCUGUGAUCUGGAGUUAUUUUUUGACGUAACUCAUACAAAAUGUCUAAGUAACAUAAAAUUUUUUUUCUCAUAUAAUAAAUCAAUUUUGCUUGGAUUUUAAAAAGUUACAUACCGUUAUAAUGCCUGAAUAGUUAGUAAUGAAUUCAUCUUAAUGUAAGAGUAAUAUGAUUUCUCUAUGAUGAAAUAAUCAACCAAAAGUUAAUAAGUGCACUAAUUUAAUGGAAAUUUUCUUUUAACAUAAAAAUCUAACACCAAAUGUGUUUAAUAAUCUGCAUUUUCUCCACCAGCAUUAAUAAUUACAGCUUGACAAUCUCUUAGUAUGCUUAAAAUUAAAUUAUCAAUUUCGUUUUGAGGCGAUUAUAUAGUAUGAACAUUGUGCAGAUAACCGUCCCUGAAGUAUAUCCCGUACAUGCUCGGUGGGAUUAAGAUCUGGCGAUUGUGUUGGCCAUGGUAAAAGUGUAAUAUCCUCAUUACGAAGCCAGUCUCUUACUGUUGCAGCAGUAAGUCGCAUUGCAUCAUCCUGCAUGAAACGCAAAUCAGGACCUGUGGUAGUGGCAAAUGGAAGGACAACAAGUUCUAAGAUACGAUCAAUGUAUUGACAUUGAUCCAAACUGCCUUCCACAAAAACGGGAACAUUUGGAUGAUGAAAAAUUAUUCCAGCCCACAUCAUAACUUGUAGAUUGUAGACCACUGUAUAGACGAACGCCCUAUACAUUCCUGAUUCCUGAGCAUCUCUUGUUGACCAGGUUCUCUCCAAACUCUCACUCUUCUUGUAUCAGGGUAGAUAUAAAACUAACUUUAUCAGUAAAUAACACAGAACUCCAUUCUUGUAAGCCCCAAUGGACAUGUUGUGCUCUGAGUCAACGAUUUCCAUGACGUAACGUAGGUACCCUCAGUGGACAUCUGGCGAGCAAACCAGUUUCAUAUAUGUAAUCUAUUCCUCAUAGUUUGGUCAUUUACACUAAUGUUCUGAGUAUUUUCUAAGGCCCCACAGAGUUGACUAGCAGUUAUAUGCAUACUUCGACAAGCUAAUCCUGCCAUAGCAAUCCUGUCUACGAGCAGUUGUCUUUUUGGCGACCCCAUGUCUUUCAGCUACAUUACCAAAACUACCAAAAUGACAUGCAACAUUAGCUUGUGAAAGACCAGCCUCAAUCAUAAUCACAUCACAUGUCUCAAAUGCCGAUGCUCCAUGACUGUUGUUGCGUUUAAUAGUCUUGUUUUAAUAAAAUGAAGAAUUAAAGACAAUGGAGAAGGGUACAAGGAAGGUCUCAAUGAAAGUGUGCGAAGAUGUAGGUGUUGUUGUCCUUACACUUCGUCCUGGUGCCUUUGUUUCGCGCACCAGUCAUAGGUCGCUGGUUUUUCCCUUUGGGAAACUGAAUUUUCUUUCCUUAGGGAAAUGGUUUCACUUUUUCUAUACUUAUGCCAAGGACCACCCAAAGCUUUGGGACAAAUGAAAUAUGUGAAAAGAACGUUUUCACCAAGUCUAUUUACUAAAAACAAUUGCAAUAACGAAAUUUGGGACGCCGAUAGCUUGCUUGCGAUAGCUCAAUAAACGCACUAUGAGCACGAAAACAUAAAAAGAAUUGGCACUAGUUACUCAAUACGUAUUAAAGAGUUCGGUUUGCUUGGAACCGAGAGCGUUGAGCUUCAACUGUUCGACUGUCCCGUCUGGCUCUUCCAACUGUACUCCUUCCGAACACAGGAACACCCCCCAACCCCCUUUCAUCGCAACCGUCUUCCUUGGACUUCAGAUUUUCCUUUUUUGAUUAAAGUUUAUGUCAGCCGUCUUUUUCGUGAAUUGGGUUGUUUGGGAAUUUUGGAUAACAAAAACAGAGAUAAGAAUUUCUAAAUUUGUACUGUCAUUGUUAUAAUUAUUAAGAACGCAUUAGGAUUAUAUUUAGAAAGUUAAUUUGCAAGCAGGUAUCGGCAUCCGUACAGAUAAUUAAAUUUUAGGAAAAAAAUUUAUAAGUCUAUAUCUUAAAACUAAUAUACCGCGUGAGCGAAAUUAAACUAAUAUUAAACAUAUGUUUAAUAACUGUUUAGCAACAGAAAGGUCAUAGCCAGACUAGCACAAUUAAAGUAAAUGCAGUCUAUCUUUCAAAUUUGAGGUACUCUUCUUUAUAAUUUGAGGCAAUUAAUUGUACCAAUUUGAGACGGUGUUCCUUUGCCUUAAUAAAACAGUAAAACUGACAGAUUAAUUUUCAUAGCAUACCUUGACUUAUAAAAAACAAGUUUUCAAAUUGAAUGGUAUGCAUUAACAAAAAAAGUGUUUUUAUUGAAAAAAGUGGAAUAAUAGUGGGGUUCCUUAGACAUUUUUAAUGUUUGUAGUUUCUUGCAAAUAAGAAAUAAUUCCAGAUCACGCCUAUAAGCCAGGAAACCAAUGUAUAAUCGUACUGAAUUUAACUUUGGUUUGGUUUUUAGUAAAUGCUGCCGAUUAAAGGUACGUUUUUACUGGAGUGUCUGUUGCGAUCAUCUAUGAUCGCUAAGCGAUUUUACUGAAGCGAUGAUUAGUGAUAUAGUGAAAAAUUGGUUUUGUUGCAGCGAUGAGCGUAUGGAAAAGAAAAAAAUUCUUGUUAAAAUACCUGUUAGCAGAAGGAAUAAAGGACGAAGAAAUGUUAAGUGCUCCAAGAUUAGAAAAACAUGCGAUAUUUAAAAGAAGACAAGACAAGAAGUAGGAUACUCCAAAAUUUUAAUUUAAUAAACAACCAUUGAUCAGAUUAUUUUAAGUUUCAACAGUUCUUUCUGAUUGAAUGAACUUCAGUUCGAUUUUCUGUUAAGUUAUAGUCGCUGCUAUAGUCGCUCAGCGUCUGCGACUGUGUCUGCUCUCGGACCAGUACACCGCGAUUAUCGCUCAGCGACCAUCGCUCAAUGAUGAUCGCAACAGACGCUCCAGGAAAAAGUACCUUAAACAGAAAUGCUGCUGGUGUAUGGAUUCAAGUAAUAUUUAAUUUUAGGCGACAUUGAGAACGCUUUUCAUGAAGCAAUUUUUUUAAUUGUUAAUAUAUCUGUGAUUUUUAUGAUAGCCGAUAGUGGUAAGUUUAAUUUUUAUUUUUCAAGUCAUAUUUAUAAUGUAAUAAUAAAAGAAGAAGGAUCAAGAAACGCAGAAGUCACUUUCAUUUUCGCUAUCUCUCUCGAACAGUCUGGUGGGAGACUUUUUCAUAAUGUUAGUUAUUGUAAAGUGAUACUUUUUGAUCAAAAUUCGAUUUCUGAAUAGGAAGGCAAGGAAGAAAGUUUAAGAUCACAGAAUAGAUAAGAACGUUUUAAUUUAUUGUUAUGGCAUAUGAAAAAAUACAGUUUAAAAAUUAAAUUUCUUCUUCUUAAAGUGCCCUCUCCUCAAUGGUAAAUGACAAUUACAAUUUGCAAACUCUUUUCUGUCUUCAGCUGCUCUUAUAUUAGCUGUUCAAAAUUUAGCUCUGUCCAUUAUUGGAUGUUUCUUAGCCACGAUAAUCUUUUCCUUCGUAUUGUUCUCUAUCCAUCGAUCUUUUCUUUCACUAUUAGUUGAGCUCAUUGGUACUUAUUAUUUCUCAGUAUGUAUGUGCAGUUCUCAGUUUAAUAUUUUAUGCAGCACUUCUUCGUUUAAGGUAUGCGAUGUCCAUGACAUUUUGAGGAUUAUCCGGUAGACCCAUAUUUCAAAUGCCUCCAAUUUAUUUAUGGUUGACGUUUUAAGGGGUUUCAACUGCAUAGAGAAGAUUUGACCAGACGUAGUUUUUUUUAGAUUGACAUCACUUUGGUUUGCUUAAUGUUUAUUUUUAUACCAAAUUACUCACAGACCGAGUUGGCCCUGUCGAUGAGUUAUUAUGGACAAAAGUCAAAAUCAGCAAUCAACACUGUAUCAUCAGUGUAUCUGAUGCUAUUGAUAUUUACGCCAUUUACCUUGACUCCAUCCUUAGAUUCCUCCAAUACCUAAUUAAAUAGAAACUUGGAAUACAGAAUAAAUUGCAGGGAUGACAAAACAUUUUUUUUGUCAAUUUGUCAAACUCCCGUCUAAAUCUCUACUUUUGCGGACGUGGAACCUACCUGACGUUUUGGUUCCAGUACAAGUUUUUUUAUUAGUUUGAUGUCUUUCUCAUCUAAACCGACUUCUUGCAAAAGUUCUAAUAGUAGAUCGUGUUUUACUCUAUCAAAUGCUUUUUCGAAGUCUAUGAAGUAUGUAAAUAUAUCUUUCUGUUGCUGAUAUCAUUUUUGGGUCAUAACUAGCAAAUUGAAGAGGGCUUCUCUCGUUUCCAUGCAGGCUCUUGAUCGUCUCAGAUGAUUGUUUCGCACUUUCUAUAGAUUAUUUUAUACCGGGUGGUGAAUUGGAAAACGGGCCAUAGGAAACUCAAUGUAAAAUUCUAAAUUGUUGAAUUCGUGCUUCCCUAAUUAUUUUACAUCAAAAGUCAUGAGAAACCAUUUGUAGAGGAUUAAAAUCUGUAUUAAAAACAAAAGUUAAAAUUGUUCUACGAUUUAAACAGAGUCCAAAAUUUUGAAAAAUAGAAUACAUUUGCCAUACCUAAGUAAGUGCGUAAAAGUAAGGCCACACGUUACUAUUUCUGACAGUACGCAAACUAUUGACUGAAUAAAACAUCUUUAUUAUUGCUACUUUCUCCUCAACUGAGGACAUCUUUUCGACUUUAUUGUUUUUUAAACAAUAAAAACCAUAAAAUAAAAAUACUGACAGUUCAAAAUAUUGUUAAUAUAAUAAUUUCAUUGUGACCGAAGGCAACCUAAUACACAUUCUUGCACUGUGUCUGGCAUAAAUUUGGCAAAUACUUUGAUAAAAUUUAUUAUAUUUUACAAAAUUUUGGAAUGUGUUUAAUUCGUAGAACAAUUUUAACAAUUCUUUUCAAUAAAGAUUUCAAUCCUCUACAAAUAGCUUCUCAUUUCUUUUGAUGUAGAAUAAUUAGGCAAGCAGGAAUUCAACAGUUUAGAAUUUUACAUUGAGUUUCCUAUGGCCCGUUUUUCAAUUCACCACCCUGUAUACGACUUUUAAUAGGACUUUUACUACGUGACUCACAAGGCUUAUCAGGCAGAAUUCGUUGCAGAGUUGUGGGUUUGGUUGUUUCGGUAUUGGGAUGAAUAUUUAUUUUAGCCAGUGUUGGAGUAUUUUUCCUUUAUCUUAAUUGCGGUUGAAUAAAAGGACAAAUAUUUUGAUGCUUUCUUCACUGAUUAAUUUUAACGUUUCUUUAUAUAUUCCAUCUGGACCUGAGCUCUUAUUUGUUUUGAGUUGAUUAAUGGCAUUUAUAAUUGCAAUUUUCAGAAUUUUUGGUCCUUCGUUGUUGUUCUCCAAUCUUCUUGGUUCUUUGAGUAUGCCGUUAAAAAUGAAACUAUGACGAAAAUCGGCGUUCUUAUACCUCUGUUAGGUAGACAGUAGAAAAAUUUCUCCUAAUCCAGGCUAAGACGUAGAUUAAUCUGAAAAUUUUAAACUACUACGUUAGCCUCUACUUAAAUGAAAAUCUAUCUGUGUUAUAGAAAUAUGUGGUUAUAGCUCUAAGACAGCAAGAUAAAACGGUUCUAUAGACCCAUAACGCUUUUCUAGGUUUCUGGACGCAUGAUAAUGUCAUGGUAUAUACAAAAUAAUUAUUUCUUCCAAAGUUAUGCUAAUAAAACGACGAAUAUUUCUUGAUCUUAAAGUUUCUUUCUCUCCAUUUUAACCACAAUCUCUUAUUACCAAUCGUAAGUGUAACAUACUGGAAUUAGAAUAUUUUUUAUGUAAUAAACUAAACUAUUUAGCUAAAAAAACUUGUCCUAAUAGUUAGCAUUCAAAUGUGAUAACAAGAGUUUUUUGUAAUAGAUCGUUUAAUUCAAGAGCUUUUAAAAUAUUAUCUUAAACUAAAAUAUUACGUAAACUAGUAGACGUGCUGCAUGUGAUUUUUUACAGUAGCUUAUUACAUUCUAACGGUUCUGUGGUUUUUAGAUCGAAUUUUUAUGAGACUACUUUUGGGAUUAUUUCGUGAAAAGUCUUAACAAGUUGGUGGCUGGUAGUUAUCAGUACAGUAUUAAGUUUUUCGUGAGUAUAAAAGAAACUUGGACCUACCAUUAUCUGGAUUUACCACGUAAAUUUUGUACAAACUUAGUCUAAUCUUCAUAAAACUUUCUUGACGGCCACAUUUUUUUACAAUUAUUAUUUAGUUGUACUCACUUACCUUCCGUGUACUUACUUUCCGUGUCCGGAACACCAACAACUUUAAAUUCUGUACUUCCAAUGGUUAGCCCCAUGGAAGGCCCUGUCAGUUGCUAAAAUUAGGUCUUCUGUGCAGGUUUGUCUCAUUUUUGUGCUUAAUAGUAGAUGCUAACUAUUCUGAACCGCACCAUAGUCGCAGGUAUCGUUCUCCUAGUAUCCCCAUUUCUUCAGGUUUCUAACACAACGUGACAGCUUUCUUAGCCUGUUUAGCGCUUUCUAUGUGGGAUACGGUAAAUUGUGUCUAGCAUCUAUUUCCCCUGAGAGUGCGAAAUGUGUUGUGGUAGCUGACGCUUGCCAUAGAUGUAAUCUACGUGUCUCCUGCUUCCUUUGUCUACCUCUGACGUGACCUGUCUCCUGAUAUGUGGUGGAGCGAUUCCAACUAUGUGGUAGAUCGUUUCUAUAGGUGUCCAUUUCAGGCAACCCGAUAUUAUAUGAACCGUUUCAUUUAGAGCUACGUUGACGUUUUUAGCGUGAGCAGAGUUUAUUCACACUGGUGCUCCAAACUCCGUUGCUGAAAAACAAUGUCUCCCAGGGCUUCUGUCAGUUUUACAUCGACUUCAUUGAAGGUGCUUCCCUGGAUAGAAUCGAGGCGACGACACUUCCCCGUGUGAACCCUUUUUUUAACCCUCCACCCACUGUUUUUGGACUGGAGCGUUACGCAGAAGCAUCUAUUCUGUAGGAGACAUGUCACUAACCUUGUAAGUCGAAAAUCCUUUGUAGUUUCGUAGAGUUUUGCGAGUAGCCGUUGAUGGUUAACUGUGUCAUAGGCGGCAGUUAGGUCUAUGAACGCUACUCCUCUUAUUUCUUUCCGUUAAAAACCAUCUCUUUAAUAUGUUGGGCGAGAUUAAGGAUUAAGGUGCAGGUGAGAUUAAGGAUUAAGGAUUAGGUGCAGCAGCGCUUUCCGGGUCUGAACCCUGCUUGUUCUGAAAUAAUUUUAGUCUCCACAGAUUCAGCGGAUGCAGAAAUUCUUCAUUUUGACGAGUCACAGUUACUAGUUCAAUAUGUACUAUGUACAUUAACAUUUUUUUAAUAAAAAGCAUUUUUUUUUCAAUAUAGCUGAAUCUAUUCGCUCAAAUCACUUUUAUCAACAAUAUUCUAAGUUUUAUUGAAGUUAAAUCCUCGAAAUAGCUAUUUGAGCAGCGAUUACCUCGUAGUUGAAUGGAAAUCUAUUGCGGUUGUCAUUUUUCGUUAUUAUUGGCAGACUCCACUGCUGAACAUAGACCUCCCGUAAAUAAUUCCAUUGUAUCGGAUCUUGAGCACAUUGAAGGUAGUUGUGCUGAAUGCACUUGAUGUCGUUUGACUAUCUUGUUGCAGGACGACCUCGAUUACCAUAAGCUUUGUGUCUAGGUCUCCAUUCUAAAAUUUUCUUGGUCCAUCUUCCAUCUCUGACUGACAAUAUGGCCUGCUCAGUUCCAUUUUAGCUUAGUAAGUAUUUUAACUGUAUCCGUAACACCAAUUUUUCUCUUACACUGAAAAUUAACUUGACAUUUCAAACAGAAACACGUUAUAGAUAUACAAAACACUCUCACCUAAUUAUAUAAGGUUCAAAGGUUCUUUUAAGCAAAUAAAAAUAGAUUUUGUAAAAAUUACACAUUUGCCAACUUGCAAAGACUUUUCUUUUUUGGCUACCUUAAUAAUAAAAGGAUUGAUAUUUGGCAACAAUGGUUUGUUUUGUAGAUUUUAGAUUCGAAUAUACCAUUGUACCUUUAAAUAUUUAUAUACAUGCCGACAAUAUUUUCGAAUUUGUCUACAAAGAUGGUUAUUUUGGUGUAGAUAUAAAAUAUAGUGAAAGUGAGAGGAAAGCCGUCAAAAAUGAAAUAUGUGAAUAUUCUUUUAAAUUUUUUGGAUAUUCUAGUUUAUUUGUUAGAUUGAUGUUAACUAUUUAUUGGAGUAUGAUGUUAAUAUUUUGAAGGAUGUUAUGCUGUGAGAUUUAGAUGAUAUGGAUUUUUUUUACAUACGAUGCACUAAAAUCUUCGGUAAAUUCACAAAGGUAUAUCUCUGUAACACUAACAUUCCAUUUUGUGAAGUCUGACAGAAUUUGAUUUGAAACAGCAAUAAAUCGAACAUUCUUUGAAAAAAGACGAAAACACGACAAACGCCUAACUAUUUGGAUACUUCUUCAUGUUUUUUUUUGUAUCAGUAGAUUCAGUGAGAAAAGAGCUUCACGCGUUCCUAGAUCUUUGCGAAUCCCAAAUUAUGUAUCAGUUAUGUCUGUGCCCAGUUUAUGAUAUUGUCCCUACCAUUUCCAACUAUCGAAUGUGAAAAAUCGGGUUUUUCAGAUUCGAUACCUUUGCCCUCGCAUUAUACGUGAUACGAUACAUCUUGUGGCAAAUUCUCGUUAUUGUAGCUUGAUUAGGAGCGCGGAAAAUAUAUUAUAUGCUAUGCUGUUUAUUUAAACCAUCGAAUAUGAACAUUUUUCCAUUUUGGUUGACUGCAAACUGACGAAAAUGGUUAUAUUCGAUAUAGUCUAAGAGCUAGUGAACCCUCCGACUAACGGUCGUCCUGUAAGGCUAAAAAUUUUUCUAGUG